GCGAGAACAAAUAAUAUACAAGUUUACAAUACACAAACCGGAUCGGGAUAAAAGGUGUGCUCGGUGAAAAUUACAACGCAGAAGUGUUCGUUUUAAAGAAGUGGACACUUUAGAAUUGUUUUCAUAUAACACGAAGUGAAACAAGGGUUUAUAAUAAUCACCGUACUUGUAAGAUAGAGUUGCCUCGGGUACACUUUUACAUACUAAUGAUGAUGGCCACACCACCAGUGCCAGCUGCGUCCUUGCCACCCGCACCUGUGCCAUACACAAACAUGACACCAAGUGAUCCAAUGCCACUUAGCAAUAAUAGUUUAGGCAAGUCCCGAGAGGGACCUCCACCGACACCUCGGCGCUACUCAGAGACAAAGAAAUCUGAUUCAAAAAAAUCAGGAAGACCGGGUCCUCCCAGACCACCCGCGCCAGCUGUUGUGGCCGCUGAAAUUACCAAAGAUAAGGCGGCGCCAUCUUCUCCAAGCGUAUUAACACACCAGCGGAAACUCAGCAAUGUCACACCGGUCAAGAUGAACAGGAGCGUAGAUCAACACUCCAUGACUGAUCAACAGGACGACCAGCACCAUGAAUCACAACCCCCUUUGCCCAGGUUUGUGAGUCACAGCGAUGCCAACCAAAAUAUUGUAGGCCUGGAUGAAGUCGCCUUAUCAGACAGCAAAAACGCUGCUGGUAUUGUCACUACACAGGUGAAGCAUCAGGAGAGUGCGCAGGGAAAUCACCAUGUGAACGGUAUUACUGUACAAAGCGAAGGUGCCAUCACACUGCUGGCUGGUGCUGUAGGUAUCGGCACAGAUGAGGCCUCUGAGUCGGCUGAUGAGGUUCGAACUGAUAGUGCAGAAACAACUGAGACGCGAAAUAGAGCGGCCGAUUCGAGGCGAAAUCCUGCAAUUGUCCACAUUGGAUUGGGUAACUUCGUGCGUGCGCACUUCGGACGCUACAUGCAGGACUACAAUGAGAAAGCCAAAGAGUUAGGUCUGCAACAGUGGGAUAUCCGUGCGGUAGACAGAGACUCGCCACGAACUCGCGAUCUGAUAGAAUACUUCGACGAGAGUAAUUACACGUACGAUGUCACGGCGCUCAGCCAGGAGUAUCAGGGCACCAAAACCAUCGGUGCAUUCAAAGAGUUGGUCAACAUGGGCACGUCGCCCGAGAUAGCCAUAGAGAUGCUGGCGGAUGAGAAUACAAAGGUUUGUUCGCUGACUGUGACUGAGAAGGGGUACAGUUGCGAUCUCGGUACAGGCGCUAUCAUAAUGAAUCCAGAACUGGAACACGAUCUGACAAAUGAGGGAAGCCAGAAGCCCAAGUCGAUGCUUGGUCUUGUGGUGGAGGCCCUGAGACGCCGCAUGGAAAGAGGUCACCAACCACUCUCGAUGAUGUCACUUGAUAAUAUACCCGGGAAUGGGUUCGUGUUCCAAAAUGCGGUUGUUGGUUUCGCACGACUGAAGGGAUGUCUCCGUCUGGAAGAGUGGAUCCGCACAAAGGUCUACUUCCCGAAUACGAUGGUCGACAGGAUAACACCAAACACCAAACUGGCAUCAGAUGCUGUGAUCUGUGAACCGUUCAGACAGUGGGUAGUAGAAACACGCUUCUGCAACGACAGACCCCAGUGGGAGCUACUGAAAACCAAGGGGGUUAACAAGAUUAUAUUGACUGAUGAUGUAAUUCCGUACGAGCACUUGAAGGUACGUAUCCUCAACGCCACGCACAGCAUGUUCGCGUACUGUGCAUACCUGUGUGGGUACAGGCAAAUUGACAAGGCUAUGGCUGAUACACGCCUGUUGUACAUGGUACAAUCCGCCACACGAGAGACACUCACCACAGUGCACCCGCCAGAGGGUGUGGAUACGACGGAGUACGCGGAUCUAAUCGUGGAACGCUUUGGUAAUCCACGUGUCAGUGAUGCUGUUGCGCGUGUUUGUGAAGACGGCAGCAUGAAGGCCAACAGUUUCUGGAAGCCUAUUAUUCAGGAUCACGUGUUCGCCGACCGCCGCUUCCCCAUUAUGGCCAUUGGUAUUGCUACUUGGAUUUUCUAUUCUAGCGGAGAGGAUGGUCAUGGCCACGCAAUUGAGAUCCGUGAUCCAAUGAUGGGCGAGACCUUGAAGCCUAUUGCCAAACAGGCCAGGAAAGACAAGAACGUUAGACCGUUCCUCUGCCAAGCCUUCGGCGAGGAGAUAGGCGACAACGAGUUUGUUGCACAGCAAGUGGAGUACUGGUACGGGCGUAUAGUAGGAGAGGGUAGCGUGGACGAAUUCCUAACCAGCAUGGAGAAAGAGCUGAAGGAAGUUGCCCAGGCUGACGAAGUACCUGCCGAAGUGGCAGAGAUCACCGAGCCCAUAUCCGCUCGACCGCCAGAGCUCAGAAGAAGGUUUUCGGAACAUAUCGAUUCGUUGGACAUGGCUGCUGAAUUGUCAUUAGACUUCAGCGAGAUGCGAGCUGACAGUGAGGACGAGGAGAUGGAGUUGGUCAGUGCGCACUAAGAAACCGUUGAUGGGGCUGGGAUAUGGAUAUUGUUCCCUGCGGUGAACGACGGAAUAGCAGUCAGUAGUUGGAAGGUGCGAAACGAGUAUUUUCCUUACUUGAUAACUAGGCUAUAACUUAACUUAAGAUCACGUUCCAUACAUAUAGACGUGGAUAAUACGUUAGACACCAACAGGUGAGCUCCGUAGCAUCACCAGAAAAGGCUUCGGUCAAGCCUCUGGAGAGGAAGUAAAGAUUUGGAUUGAGAAAAGGUCAUUGUUAGGUAAACAUAAAAGAAAUUUACUGUUUGCACACCCAAAAGAAACUCCAUUUUCUCUACUCGUUGGAUAUGCAAGAUAGUAUUCGUACAUUCUUACUUUUAAAAGAAUAUAGCGUAACUCGGAAGAAUGAAAUCUAAGUGAAUAAAUACGAUAGGGUCACACAUUACCAGACACAGCUAUCCAGUCAUGUCCAGCACUUGGUAGUUGGUUAUACAGUUUAUUGGUGAAACCAUAUUUUUAUUAUCGUGUACCGGAUG